ACAGAGACUCUCUCCGGAGAAUAAAAGAGCUCAUCUUUUUGUACAUUCUGUUUCUUCGAUCGGGACAUUCUCGUGAUGUUUUCAUUGAUCUUAUUAACCAAAUACAAGUUUGUUCAAUUUUAAACAGCGGAGAUGCUUGAUAAGGCUUUAGCAGUUUUACUUUGGGUUUUGGUGCAGAGUUUGGAUGAAUCAGUAUCUAGUUUUCAAAAACAGACAUGUUCCGUGUUAAAUUCAACUAUCCAUAACGGAUUGGUGGGAGAGACUUGCUCUCAGACAAAACGUGUUGUUAAAAGAGUAAAGAGAGCAAAUAAAGUAAAUGGUAGAGCACUGGUUAUUCCAAUCGGAACCAUAUUCAACUCUGAUGAUAUUCAGAUAAGGUCAGCAUUCCGUUUGGCCUUAAGUCAGUUCUCUACAGAAAGUGUCAACUACAAACUUAAUCAAUCAAUCAGUAUCAUCGAGGUCUCGGACAAUUUUAAAUUAGCUUCGUCAUUAUGUAGUCAGAUGAAUACUGGUGUUUUCUUAUUUUUCGGAACUAAAAGUAUUCAUUCUUUGGAGAUCGUUGACCACUACACCAAACGAUUCCACAUGCCUUACAUCUCACCAAGUUUAUCCAGAGUAGCAGUGACCACCUAUGAUAGCUUCCAAGUCAGUAUGAAACCACCAAUUACGCAAGCCAUUAUCGAUUUGAUUAUAAACUUUGACUGGCAAGUUGUCCACUACCUGUACGAUUCAAAUGAAGGUCUGAAACGAUUGCAAGAAAUAUUUAGUACACUGCCAAGACAUACGGACGUCCGGUUCACAUACCGGAAAUUGGAGGAUGUCUAUCACGCACAUGAAGAUUUGCGCACAUUAGAUAGGAUGAAUACUGCUGAUGAUAAAAAGAUAAUAUUAGAUCUUUCAUCUUAUGAUGCAUUUACAUCAGUUUUAAAACAAAUUGCAGAAGUUGGAAUGAACAAACAUGAAUACUUUUAUUUGCUGACAACUCUUGAUUUUUCUCGCUUAGAUUUUAGACGCUUUAUUCAUGGGGGCGUUAAUCUGACUGGAUUUGAUAUAAUUGACCCAAAUAACAAGCAGUACAAGCGAUUCGUCCGAAAAUGGGAAAGUGCAAGUACGAAUGAAUACCGUGGUGCUGGUGGCCAAUUGAUGUCAGAUUCAGCACUUGCAGUUGAUUCGUUACAAGUGAUAACAGAAACCUUCAGUGAAAUGUUACCUAAGGACAAACCCAUCUUUCAAGGAAGUUUCCGAAGGGCGUCUGUUUAUAAUAAUUAUACAAGACCGGGAAUACCUUGUACAAAAAUCCAUCAUUCUGAACCGGAACCCCCACCAUGGAUGCAUGGGCAGGCUAUUUUAGAUACAAUCAAAAAGGUAGAUUUCCAAGGAUUGACAGGCCGUGUGAAUUUUACAGAGGAUGGAUCCCGAAAGAAUUAUAUUUUACAUGUAUUUAGUGUUGGACUCCACCAUCAAACUCCAACGAAGAUAGGUUCAUGGACUCCAGACAAUGGCUAUUCAAGUUUGGACGCAGACACACGACGAGAACCUGUCGGAACCAACUUCACUGACAGUAGUGUGAAAGUCAUUACAACAAUACUAUCAAAACCAAUGCUGAUGAGGAAAGAUCCUGCAAAGAUAUUAGAAUCCAAUCUAACAGGAAAUGAUAUUUAUGAAGGAUUUGUUCCAGAUUUUGCCAAACUAUUAUCUGAUAGAAUAGGAUUUCAGUACAAGAUAAAAGAAGUUACCGACGGAAACUAUGGACGUGAAAAUGCUAUAACAAAAGAAUGGGAUGGUAUGGUGAAAGAACUCAUCGAUGGUACUGCUGAUAUGGCUCUAGCGGAUUUUACCAUAACGUAUGACAGAGAAAGGGUUGUAGACUUUACAAAACCGUUUAUGGAAGUAGGAAUAUCAAUAAUGAUUAAAAAACCAGAAAUAGAAAAACCUGGAGUCUUUUCAUUCAUGAAGCCAUUCAAUUUUAAAAUCUGGAUCUUCAUUAUGCUAGCAUACGGAUCUGUCAGUAUUGGAUUAUUUCUUGUAAGCAGAUUUAGUCCAUACGAAUGGACAAAAGUGAAAGGGGAAAAAGACCCACAAUUAAACGAAGAAUUUUCAAUGUUGAAUUCUUUUUGGUUUUCUACAGGAGCGUUAAUGUUACAAGGAAGUGACUCUUGUCCAAGGUCAAUAUCAGGACGAGUGAUUGGAACUGUAUGGUGGUUCUUUGUUUUGAUAAUAAUUUCAUCAUAUACAGCCAAUUUAGCUGCUUUCCUAACCAUUGAACGUAUGGUUGCACCAAUAGAAACAGUGGACGACCUAGCAAAACAAACACAAAUUAAAUACGGAUGCGUUAAUUCAGGAACAACACGAGAGUUUUUUGCGGGUUCACUUGUCCCUAUUUAUCAAACAAUGUGGAAUUUUAUGAUGUCGAAUCCUCACAAUAUGUGCAACACGACAAGUGAGGGCAUAGAAAGAGUGCGCAGUUCUAAAGGAAAAUACGCUUUCCUUGUAGAAAGUAAUAUAAUAGAAUACGAAAACAGUGUGGAGCCAUGUGACACUUUUAAAGUUGAUAGAAAUCUCAAUACAAAAGGAUUUGGUGUAGCCACUCCGAAAUAUUCACCCUUACGCGAUGUUCUAAAUCUUCAUGUAUUAGAACUAACUGAAGAUAGUACUUUGAUAAAACUGAGAAAUAAAUGGUGGACUGAUCGAAGUCAGUGCGCACCUAAUGGUGGCAAGGACACUUCAAGAAAGAAUUCAUUAUCAUUAAGUAAUGUUGCAGGAGUAUUUUAUAUUCUUAUUUGUGGAUUAGUAGUAGCAGUUAUAUAUGGUGCUUUGUCAUUCAUUAUCCUAAAAGUACGACUAAUACCCAUAACAAGCUAUGCAAAAGCUAUGACAUCAUCAACAGCCGCCUUAGAAACUGAUAAAGGGAAUGGUAGCCUUAGUGAAUAUGCAAUAAAUAAUGGUCAUUCUCAUUCGGAUAGAGACGUUAAAACGUAUACAUAUAAUCCACCUCCGAUGAUUGGAUUUGAAGCCUUCCAGCAACCACAGGAACAUUCUGAUGUUUGAUAUUCUGGGAUAUGAAGAUUUGAACUUUUUCAUAUACAGAUUCUAUUUAUAUUGAAACAUGACAGAAUGAAACAUGAGCAUUAAAAAGAGUGGAUCAGUGAAUAGACAGUAGUCAUGUAUACUUAAAAUACACAUAAGAUGACAUGCUCCGACGGAUGAUUGAAAGUAAUUGAGUGUAAUUUAUAGCAAAUGAACUGCUCAUUUUGUUUAUCGUCCAGGUUUCUAGACAUAAAUAUUCCUAUUGCUGCGUUUUCCGCUUAUAAAAACAAGAUCAUAAACAUACUACUUGUUAACGAUAUCGAUUUCAAUAGACCACUUUCGAGUUCAUCCGUCACCGGAA